AUGAAUUCCAGCAGUUGUUGGCUGGCUGAAGCACUCCUGUUCAGUUUGUAUUUAAUACAGACGUCUUACUCAACCUCUUUGCCACCAGUAGAUGUCAAUGUAUGUAGCCCAAACCCUUGUGAGCAUGGCGUGUGUACAGCUUUACGUGGAUACCAGUUCUACUGUACUUGCAUACCAGGAUAUGGAGGCAGUCGAUGUCACCUUCUUUUCCAUGCAUGUGCAACUCACCCCUGUCUGAACGGAGCCACAUGUCAGGUAACUGCUGCAGGCUACACAUGUAAAUGUGCUGAUGGAUAUGUUGGAAGGCAAUGUGAACAAGAAAUGGAUGAGUGUGUCAGUCUUCCCUGUCAGCACGGAGGAAUAUGUACUGACAGACAGGGGUCAUUUAGCUGUGAAUGUCCAGUAGGGUAUACAGGUAUAAGUUUUGACCCUUGUAUGAACCAUGGAGUGUGUAUUCCCAUUGGUCAGUCCCAGCGAUGCCACUGUCUGGCAGGGUUUACAGGUACCCUGUGUCAGACUAAUAUUGAUGAAUGCUCUCUAGCCCCAUCGCUGUGUAAUGGCCAUGGUACAUGUGUUGAUGGGAUAGAUGGCUUCAGUUGUACUUGUUCAGACCACUUUACUGGUCCUACUUGUGAGUCCGAAGUCAAUCCAUGUGAUUCAUUUCCCUGCCUAAAUGGAGGACAAUGUUGCCAUAGAAACAAGUUAUUCUGUCCUUCUGGCUUGGGUUUAGGGGAGUACCAGUGUUAUUGUGAUUCCUCUGCUGGCUACAGUGGAAAUCACUGUGAGUUUUCCAAUCCCUGUCAUAGCCAGCCAUGCCAGAAUGGGGGUUUGUGUACUAUGUCAGGUGAACACCACAUCCAAUGCACAUGCCCACUGACUUUUACUGGUGAGCAUUGUGAUAUACCUCUGCCAUGUGCUAGUCAGCCGUGUGUUAAUGGCGCCCGCUGUGUGGGGACAGGGACAACCUAUACGUGUGACUGUGGCCCCGGUCACACUGGAACUUAUUGUGAGUUCAGGAUCCCUUGUCAUUUUAAUCCUUGUCACAAUGGAACUUGUGUGGUCAGUGAAGGUCAAGAGAUGUGUGAUUGCCCAGCUAAAACCAUCGGUCAAUUUUGUGAGUUUGAACAUCCAUGUGUAAGUCUGCCAUGUAAAAAUAACGGGAUUUGUGAACUGAUAUCAACUGAAGAAUUCAGUUGUACAUGCACGGCUGCUUUUACUGGGAGAUUGUGUGAAUCUAGACUUCCCUGCUCUAUUAUGCCGUGUGAAAAUGGCGGUACAUGCAUUUCUAAUGGAUCAACGACAGAAUAUGAAUGUAAUUGUACUCAGGAAUUUACUGGUAAAAAUUGUCAAAACAAAAGACAAUUCCCUUGUCAGCCUACUCCUUGUUUAAAUAAUGCUACAUGUAUAGAAACAUCAGACAGCUCGUUCCUAUGUAAUUGCCUGGAGGAAUUUGCUGGAAUAACUUGUGAAAAUUUCUUGGAAUGUUCCAAGCAUCCUUGUCAAAAUAAUGCCACAUGUUUGAAUCUACCCAACAAUACAUAUUCCUGUAUUUGUCCUGAAAGCAUAACAGGGCCAAAGUGUGAGACUGUGCUUCCUUGUGCAAGUCAGCCUUGCAAGAAUGGUGCAACUUGUGUUAAUUCAAUUGACAAUUCAGCAUUCAACUGUAGCUGCUUUCCUGGAUAUACAGGACGUUUAUGUGAGAGUUAUGUCCCUUGUAUAACUAAGCCAUGUUUUAAUGGUGGUACCUGUACUAACUCUGGGACAUCAUUUGAUUGUAGCUGUAUACCAACCUAUGAAGGUUUACAGUGUGAGAAGUACACACCCUGUGGAGACAGUCCCUGUGAGAAUUUUGGUGUGUGUAAUGAUAUUAAUGGUUCUUACAAAUGUUCUUGUCCUAUCAAUUACACUGGUCAUCACUGUGAGACUGCCAUUUAUCCUUGUAUCAAAAACCCUUGUCAACAUGGGGGCUUAUGUGAGGAGUUAGGGGUGGGGCUGUAUUCCUGUACAUGUCAGUCAAGCUAUGUUGGUCAUGACUGUGAAAAUUAUGUGCCAUGUGUCAGUGGCCCUUGUCAGAACGGGGGCACCUGCCUAAACAAAGCUGAUACCUUCCAGUGCUGGUGUGUGGAAGGUUUUACUGGGGACAGCUGUGAGAGUCGUGUCCCAUGUGAAGAUAGCUUUUGUGUCCAUGGAACUUGUGAAGAAGGAAAAUGCAUCUGUGAUGCAGGGUACACAGGACAGUCAUGUGACCUGGCUCAGAAAACAUGCAGUCCUGACACCUGUAUCCAUGGCAGCUGUAUAUCAAAGAAUGAUCUGUACAUCUGUGUUUGUAACCAGGGAUAUACAGGCAGUCGAUGUGAAGAGAAGAUAAGCCCAUGUGACCACUCUCCUUGUCAGAAUGGUGCUUAUUGCAGUGAAACAGAUGGAAAUUUUCAGUGUAUUUGUCCACCAGGAUUCUCAGGGAUAAGAUGUGAGCUUGGUGUAAAUGAUUGCCAGAGCCAACCCUGUCAAAACAAUGGUAUUUGUAGUAUCUCAAGCAGUGGAGUUGUAUGUAGCUGUUCACCGCCCUACUCAGGUCUGUAUUGUGAGACCCUGGUGACAUCCUGUGACCCAAAUCCGUGUCAGAAUGGUGGUCAGUGUGCUGUGGAUGAGUAUGGUGUCUUUUGUACAUGUCCAACUGGAGUGACCGGCUGGUUCUGUCAAAUUAAUGACAACUGUGCAGCAGAUAUUUGUAAUCAUCAUGGUGACUGCUGGGACAAUGAUGGUGAAGCUGUUUGUGAUUGCCAGCCUGGGUAUUCGGGAGAAUUUUGUGUAAAAAACAUAGAGGGAUGUGAGGCUGACCCCUGUGUACGGGGCACCUGUUCAGAGGAUAGUAAAGGGGCAUUCCAGUGCUCCUGUCCUCCAGGAUUUGUAGGCACCACGUGUGAGAGACUGGAUCCCUGUGGGCCACACCUCGAUCGGUCCAUCUGUCAGAAUGGUGGAAACUGUCUGGUUGUAAAGGAUGAAUAUCGUUGCAUGUGUCCACCAGGGUUCAAAGGUCAACACUGCGAGUUGGCCUAUCAUGCAUGUUCUGGGUCAGCUACACUUUGUCAAAAUGGUGGCAUUUGUGUAUUCAAUGUGUCUGCUAUACUUUCCUUCACAUGUACAUGUACACAAGUCUGGCAGAGAGGUUGGGGGGACCAUGGAUGGGAGAAUAGGGUGGAUAAGGGAGAAUUUCAUAGCUACACUGAUGCACAGUUUCCAGCACAACUCAGCUGGUUGUGA